AUGCCUCCAAAGAAGCAAGUUGAAGAAAAGAAGGUCUUAUUGGGUCGUCCAGGUAACAACUUGAAAGCCGGUAUUGUCGGUCUGGCCAAUGUUGGUAAGUCUACGUUUUUCCAAGCCAUCACUAGAUGUCCAUUGGGUAACCCAGCCAAUUAUCCAUUCGCUACCAUUGAUCCAGAAGAAGCCCGUGUUACUGUUCCAUCUCCAAGAUUCGACAAGUUGUGUGAAAUUUACAAAAAAACAGCUUCUGAAGUUCCAGCUCACUUGACCGUUUACGAUAUUGCUGGUUUGACUAAGGGUGCUUCUGCCGGUGAAGGUUUGGGUAAUGCUUUCUUGUCUCACAUCAGAUCAGUCGAUUCUAUCUACCAAGUCGUUCGUUGUUUCGAUGAUGCUGAAAUUAUUCACGUUGAAGGUGACGUUGAUCCAGUUCGUGAUUUAGAGAUUAUUAACCAAGAACUAAGAUUGAAAGAUAUUGAAUUCGCACAAAAGGCUUUGGAGGGUGCUGAAAAAAUUGCCAAAAGAGGUGGUCAAUCUUUGGAAGUCAAGCAAAAGAAGGAAGAAAUGGAUUUGAUUAUCAAAAUCAUUGACUUGCUAAAGAGUGGUCAAAGAGUUGCUAACCACUCUUGGACUUCAAAAGAAGUUGAAAUUAUCAACUCUAUGUUUUUAUUGACUGCUAAACCAUGUAUCUACUUGAUUAAUUUGUCUGAAAGAGAUUACAUCAGGAAGAAGAACAAGCACCUGCUAAGAAUUAAGGAAUGGGUAGACAAGUACUCUCCAGGUGAUUUGAUUAUUCCAUUCAGUGUUUCUUUAGAAGAAAGACUAUCUCACAUGUCUCCAGAAGAUGCAGAAGAGGAAUUGAAGAAACUGCAGACAAUAUCCGCCUUGCCAAAGAUUAUUACCACCAUGAGACAAAAAUUAGAUUUGAUUUCCUUUUUCACUUGCGGUCCAGACGAAGUUCGUGAAUGGACUAUUAGAAGAGGUACUAAGGCUCCACAGGCUGCUGGUGUCAUUCAUAACGAUUUAAUGAACACCUUUAUUUUGGCUCAAGUUAUGAAAUGUGAAGAUGUCUUUGAAUACAAGGACGAUUCUGCCAUCAAGGCCGCUGGUAAGUUGUUGCAAAAGGGUAAAGACUAUGUUGUUGAAGACGGUGAUAUCAUCUACUUCAGAGCUGGUGCUGGUAAAAAUUGA